CACAGAUCUAGAGGACACCACGCGGAUCGUCGAUUACAUCUCCAGAGCAGUGGUCUCUUGCAGCACGCGAGUCGGGAUCAGUACUUAUUCGACUGUGUAGAUCUUCAGCCAAGCGUACAGGAACCCCGCGCGCGGCGCCGUAGUAGGCCCGACGCGUCGGGUGUACUAGUUUCAUACCCAUGCAUACACGCGUUGAGUAGCAGUGCGUUAGUACGAUCUAUCGUCCUCACGACCUGCUAUUUGCCUGCUAUCUCAAGCCCAUAAAAGUGCGCGCCCCACUCGCAUCGCAGAACAAUGGAAGGUCGACCGGGACCGGAGUCCUUCUUCCGCUAUCAUCGACAGCCACUGAAGACCGUCUACCUCGUCUGCUAUGCACUCUCCGCCCUGUGCGUCCGCCUCCCGUACUUAGACUACGUCGUCGCCGCUGUGAUACCCGCGCUGCGCCCCCGACGGACGUGGUCCAUGAAGCGAGCGUUCAUGGUACCGCUCAUGCGCGUAGGCAUCGCGCCACUGGUCAUGGUUGGCUUCUCCGCGGAGCAGGAGCCGGAGGACGUGAUGCCGACAGCGAAGGACGAGGAGAACGGGUUGGUCGCACUCCCGCCGGUCGAAGAUAGGUUCAUCAUGGGCGAGGUGAAGGAGAUCGCGGAGCUGAACGGUGUGAAGGCGAAGCGGACGUUCGAAUACUGGUACAAGUCUGCGGACGUGCAAGGAACAGGGACCCACGAGGCGAAGGACGAUGAGCUAGUCUAUCUGAACUUCCACGGGGGCGGAUACUGCAUGGAAACCCCCAAACCCAGCGGCAUGGCUGUCCCGCCCGUCUGCAGCGGCCUGCUCAAGCAUUGCUCCCGCAUAUCACGUAUCAUCUCUCCCGCCUACCGCCUCGUCUCCUCUCACCCUUUCCCGACCAAGAACCCGUUCCCCGCCGCCCUCCUCGACGCACUCGCAGCCUACCACUACCUCCUGCAUACCGCGGGGUUCCGCGCGGAGAACGUCAUCGUCAGCGGCGACUCCGCGGGCGGGCACCUCGCUGUCGCGCUCCUACGCUACCUCAUUAUAAGCAAUUUACCUGAGCUCCCCGUGCCCGGCGCCCUGCUGCUCAUCUCACCCACGAUCGAGUGGGCGCUCACGCACGACUUGUACGGUUCAUCCUGGUGGGAGAACCAAGCGAUGGACAUGUCGAUGCCAUUCUUAGCUUCGGAGUACACCGCGAGAGGUCUGGCGGGUAAACUCCGCGCAGAUGCGAUCCGUAGGAACGCGUGGAUUGCGCCGGCCUCGCGCGACCUGCCGCAGACGGAAGACCUGUUCGUGGGCUUCCUGAGGACACUACUCGUGCGUGGGGAAGCAGAGACACAGAGGGACGCAAUGCGAACGUUCCGGGAUAGGCUGGUCGGAGAUGUGGGAGAGGAGAAUGUCACCUAUAAGGAGCUGACGGACGUGUCGCACGACGUGAUCGGGACGCCGUGGGACGACGAGGACAAGGUGCUUACCUUCAAGAUGAUAGGUGCAUGGACUCAGAGCUUAUCUAUAGCUCAUUUGAGCAGCACAUACCGUGUCGAUUGGGUGUACACGCCUCGAAUUGUACGACGUGGUGCAUAUUCAAGUUGCUGCGACAGAGACGCAGCGUCACCACGUGGCACCAUAAGAAACAAGCAAGGGGUCGUUUGGCGCGGUUUCUCCGAGCCCCAAUGGCGGUCAUAUCGCCCAGACUCCAGCCAAUCUGGCGAACGUGACGGAGGAGGAGGAGGAGGAGGAUGGGCUCCAUAUUGUUUGCCCGAGUUGGGUAUGAGUGUAGGUUGUCAACUCUGCUUGCAUUCCGCGCAAGACGCGUUGUUUGGUAUUCUAAGCGAAGCGAGGCACGAGCGUCGCGUAGAAGUGAGUCUACGCAUGCAGGAGGAGAUUUAG